GUGUUCCCAUUUUCCUGAGUUGUGGAAGUUCCGGAUAAGGUGGCUGAGGAGAAGUUCUCGAGUCUGAGGGAAGAGAAAAGCAGAAGAUUGAAAAUGUUUAUGGCUCGAAAUUGUACUAAUCUAACAUGGCGGCCCAACUUGAUUUUCCUUGGGCAUGUGAAUGUUUUUGGUCGAGAGAGCCCCUUGAGAGGUUCAGGAGUCGGAAAGGGAUCAGUUCUCAGAAUGAUGCCUACGAGGAAUUAUACAGAACUGCAGGAGAAGGUCAUUUCCACGAGACAAGUUCAAAAUGAUUGCAUCGGGCGUCGUCCUUGUUUCCAGACUCCCACAGAGAAAGGUCAGGAAAUGAAGACCGCUGAACCAGAUGAAGGCAAUGGAAGUUCAGAGCCCGUUGUUGGUGCAAAGGCCACAACUAAAGCAUCGUCUGCAGAUGCAAAAGUUGCUCCAGAAAUGCUCAAAGAUGUGGUGUCAAAGACGGUUGAUAAGCUUCGUGAUAAGGAAGAAAAUCAAACAAAGAAGGGAAAGGUCAUUGCUGUUAUUGGAGCAGUUGUCGAUGUGAGCUUCGAAGAUGAUGAUGGGGAUCUCCCGAAAAUUCUUACUGCCCUCUCCAUUGAUCGCAACGAUCGCCCACCGUUGAUUCUCGAAGUAUCUCUGCAUUUGGGCAAUAGAGUUGUCCGUACAAUUGCAAUGGAUGGAACUGAUGGGCUAAUUCGUGGACAGGAAGUCACCAAUACAUUCAAACCGAUAUCUGUACCAGUUGGACCAGGAGUUCUAGGGAGGAUUUUGAAUGUUACAGGUGAUCCAAUUGAUGACAGGGGCCCGGUAAAAUGCACCAAAUGGCAAUCCAUUCAUGCUGAUCCACCGGAAUUUCUUGAACAAAAUGUGAAGCAGGAAAUCCUGGAGACAGGCAUUAAGGUUGUUGAUCUCCUAACACCGUACACAAAGGGCGGGAAAAUUGGAUUGUUCGGUGGAGCUGGAGUGGGCAAGACUGUGCUGAUAAUGGAGCUAAUCAACAAUAUUGCCAUGUCCCAUGGGGGGUACUCUGUGUUUGCCGGUGUUGGUGAGAGGACACGCGAGGGCAAUGAAUUGUAUCAAGAGAUGAUUGAGGGUGGUGUGAUCUCACUCAAGGAUGAUUCGUCGAAAGUAGCACUGGUGUAUGGGCAGAUGAAUGAGCCACCUGGUGCACGAGCUCGUGUUGCUCUUACGGGUCUCACAAUUGCUGAGUACUUCCGUGAUGUUGAGGGUCAAGAUGUGCUCCUCUUUAUCGAUAAUAUCUUCCGAUUCACACAGGCUGGAUCAGAGGUGUCCACACUCUUGGGGCGCAUCCCAUCGGCAGUUGGGUAUCAGCCAACUUUGGCAACGGAUAUGGGGAAUCUGCAGGAGAGGAUUACGAGCACACUUCGUGGUUCCAUAACAUCCGUUCAGGCAAUCUAUGUGCCAGCUGAUGAUCUCACUGAUCCCGCACCAGCUACAACAUUUGCUCAUCUCGAUGCAACCACUGUCCUUUCGCGCUCAAUUGCUGAACUUGGAAUCUAUCCUGCAGUCGAUCCGUUGGAUUCAACAUCCCGUCUUAUGGAUCCCAACGCCAUCAGUGAGGAGCACUACAACACAGCACGGGGAGUACAGAAGAUCCUCCAGAGCUACAAAUCUCUUCAGGAUGUCAUUGCCAUCUUGGGGAUGGAUGAACUCUCGGAGCAAGACAAGUUGACUGUAUCGAGAGCCAGGAAGGUUCAGAGAUUCCUAUCGCAACCCUUCCAAGUGGCUGAAGUAUUCACGGGGAUGAAAGGAAGGAUUGUUCCAAUUGAUAAGACAAUCGAAGGUUUCAGGAAGAUUCUCGAUGGGGAGAUGGAUGACAUUCCCGAAUUGGCUUUCUAUAUGGUGGGUGGAAUUGAUGAAGUAAUGGAGAAGCUCAAGACACUCACAUCAAAUUAAACUUAGAGAGAGAGUUCCUUUUAAUCCAGAAUGAUACGAUAGAUGUUGAAAUUACCUUCGUACACUCCUGUUACGAUCCAUUCACUAAAAAGGAUUUAAAAAA